AUGACAUUGCACCAUAGUGGAGAAUGUUGUUGGAUCCUUAGACCAGAAGACAGGGUCCCAAGAUCUGGGAGGUGGUAUGCUUUAAGUCAUACCUAUGCGGAAGUAGAGGAGGUGAUCAUCGGCGAAUUGCGGAACCCAGGAAUGAGCGCGAGACUUAACGAGAUUAUGGGAUUUUGGAAGAGACAUUUGUUGUCUGACCUCAAGAAACAGACUGAGAAGUGUGAUGGUGAAGAAAUCGUGACAUUGUAUCACCGCAUAUUCAGUGAUAUGUUCUUUUCUGGAGCACUUGCACAAAGUCGGUGUGAAGUCCGAUGGAAAGAUAACUUCCAGCGCAUAAGAGGAUAUACCAAGGACAUGCGGCAACGCGAAAGUGGUGAUGAAAGCGGGGAGGAAAUUGAUGAAUGCGAAGAAGACCUUGAUGACAAUGAAGAGGGGGAAAUCUUUCUUAUUGCCGAUGAUGAGGGUGCUAGUCAACCAAACAUGAGCAAGCUUGGCAUGGCCCUCUCUGCGUGUAUGAGAGAUGAGAUCAAAGCCGUUAUCGAGAUAUGGCGACGACCCGAUAUUACCAACCGACAGGAACGCUUGCGGAGCUACUUAGAAACUUUGCUGCAUGAGAUGAUCCAUGCCUUUCUAAACAUCUACACCUGCUUGUGUUCUAAAUGCUCCCAUGAUAUACCGAAGACUGUCGGACAUACUGGACACGGUUUGCCAUGGCACAAGAUUGCCAACAGCAUUGAGAGUUUCGUUAGGUCCAAAUUGGAUCUAAAAUUGGAUCUAGAAAGACGUGCUUCUCUGGCCAUGGAGAUACAGGCUAGUGGCUUGGAGAUGCGUGAUCAGAUCGCAAUAUAUCUUAUGGAAGAUUUGAACCUUGGGCCUUUUUAA